AUGCAAGACAUCCAACGAGCGGCCUACUCCCUCGACGCAGCACUCGCACGCACCCUCCAUCCAAGCGACCAUGCCAAGACCCACUAUCACAACGACGACGACGACGUCCAAGACUACUUUGUCCCCCAAGCACCCAAACAAACCGCCUUCAUCCCCCUCGAACGCGCCAACACGAGCAAUAGUCGUGGCAAACAAGUAGUCAACACACGCGCAGCCAUGUAUCCACGCUACACGUAUACUGCAAAAGCUGGUCGACACGGUGGCAAUAGUCUGGAUUCAAGUGCUUCGUCAUCACCCAAUGCAGGAAUACCCACGUACCUCCAUGGCAGUGAUGAGGACCACCAAGGGUUGGCGACGCUGGCGAGUCAUAUGCAUUUAUUGACUGUUCAUGUCGAUCAGCAGAUGUUAUCUCAACAACGGCCCUUACAAGCCGUGACGGAGGAAAGGGAUGGAGAAGAGCGGCGUGACGACUUGUCUGCUGUAGGAUGCACCAACGCUGCCUGUUUGCAGGAUUGUGCGAAUCGUGAAAAGGCAGGCCGCGUACCUAUCCCUUGUAUAGAGACUAAAGUCGCGCUAGCGGAUCGAAGACAAGCAUUGGCACAGCAGCAGCAGGAAGAAGCGACCACUGAGCAGGAUGAAGAGGUGGCGUAUGAUAUGGCCUUGGUGACGCGGUGGGUUGAGUACCAUCGUGCGUUGGCGGAGGAACAGCGCGAGCAAUUUCAAGCACUGUGUAAAGGCACUACGCAAAGUGAUUGA